GCGGCGGGGGAGGAGCGCCCUCCCCCCGGCGGGCUCGCGGUGGUGCCGCCCGCUGCCCUUCCGCCUGCUGCCCCUCCUUCGCGCCUCCCGCAAGAUGGCGGCGAGCGCGGCGCGGGCUGGGGGUGGUUGAGGGCGGCAGAUGAAUUCUUUUGGAGAGUAAACACUUGGAGAGAAAAAUGACGUCGAUUAUUAAGUUGACUACGCUCUCGGGGGUGCAGGAGGAAUCUGCCCUUUGCUAUCUAUUGCAAGUAGAUGAGUUUCGUUUUCUUUUGGACUGUGGCUGGGAUGAAAACUUUUCUAUGGAUAUUAUUGAUUCUCUGAGGAAGCAUGUACAUCAGGUUGAUGCUGUUCUUCUUUCCCACCCUGACCCUCUACACCUUGGAGCACUUCCAUAUGCAGUUGGAAAAAUGGGGUUGAAUUGUGCCAUUUAUGCAACUAUUCCUGUAUAUAAAAUGGGACAGAUGUUUAUGUAUGAUCUCUACCAGUCCCGCCAUAAUACUGAAGAUUUCACACUCUUUACAUUGGAUGAUGUAGAUGCAGCCUUUGAUAAGAUACAACAGCUGAAGUUUUCUCAGAUUGUGAAUUUAAAAGGCAAAGGACACGGUUUGUCAAUCACACCAUUACCAGCUGGUCACAUGAUAGGAGGCACAAUUUGGAAGAUUGUCAAGGAUGGAGAGGAAGAAAUUGUUUAUGCCGUUGAUUUCAACCACAAGAGGGAGAUCCAUCUGAAUGGAUGUUCCUUGGAAAUGUUGAGCAGGCCUUCAUUGCUUAUUACAGAUUCAUUUAAUGCUACUUAUGUACAACCUAGGAGGAAGCAAAGGGAUGAGCAGCUGCUGACUAAUGUUUUGGAGACAUUACGAGGUGAUGGAAAUGUAUUGAUAGCUGUGGAUACAGCAGGCAGAGUUCUGGAACUUGCUCAGCUUCUUGAUCAGAUCUGGAGAACAAAAGAUGCAGGAUUAGGAGUCUACUCUCUUGCACUUCUGAACAAUGUCAGCUACAAUGUAGUGGAAUUCUCUAAAUCACAGGUUGAAUGGAUGAGUGACAAGUUGAUGAGGUGCUUUGAAGACAAGAGAAACAACCCUUUCCAGUUCCGCCAUCUCUCCUUGUGUCACAGUCUGUCUGAUCUGGCUCGAGUGCCUAGUCCAAAAGUUGUUCUUGCCAGUCAGCCUGACUUGGAGUGUGGGUUUUCUAGAGAUCUUUUCAUUCAGUGGUGCCAGGAUUCCAAAAACUCCAUAAUUUUAACUUACCGCACUACGCCUGGAACAUUAGCACGAUUCCUGAUUGAUAAUCCUUCUGAAAAAGUUAUAGAUAUUGAGUUGAGAAAACGUGUCAAGUUGGAAGGAAAAGAGCUUGAAGAAUACCUAGAAAAGGAGAAACUAAAGAAAGAGGCAGCUAAGAAGUUAGAGCAGUCUAAAGAGGCAGAUAUUGAUUCCAGUGAUGAGAGUGAUGCAGAAGAGGAUAUUGAUCAGCCAACUUUACAUAAGACCAAACAUGAUUUGAUGAUGAAAGGUGAAGGUAGUCGGAAAGGAAGCUUCUUCAAACAGGCAAAAAAAUCUUAUCCAAUGUUUCCAGCUCCUGAAGAAAGAAUUAAAUGGGAUGAAUAUGGUGAAAUUAUCAAACCUGAGGAUUUUCUAGUUCCAGAACUUCAAGCAACAGAAGAAGAAAAAAGCAAAUUAGAGUCUGGUUUGACAAAUGGAGAGGAGCCUAUGGACCAGGAUUUAUCAGAUGUUCCUACCAAAUGUAUUUCCGCAACAGAAUCCAUGGAAAUUAAAGCCAGAGUUACGUACAUCGACUAUGAAGGACGUUCAGAUGGGGACUCAAUUAAAAAAAUUAUUAACCAAAUGAAACCAAGACAACUGGUCAUUGUCCAUGGACCACCUGAGGCCAGUCAGGACCUUGCAGAAUGUUGCAGAGCUUUUGGUGGAAAAGAUAUUAAAGUUUACAUGCCCAAACUUCAUGAAACUGUAGAUGCUACAAGUGAAACUCACAUUUACCAGGUCAGAUUGAAAGAUUCUCUUGUCAGCUCUCUUCAGUUCUGUAAAGCCAAGGAUGCCGAGUUGGCUUGGAUAGAUGGAGUUCUGGACAUGAGGGUUUCAAAAGUGGAUACUGGGGUUAUUUUGGAAGAGGGAGAGUUGAGAGAAGAUGAAGAUUUAGAGACGCAAGUGGAUGUGCCUUCUUCAGAUUCAAGUGUGAUUGCACAACAGAAGGCCAUGAAAAGCCUUUUUGGUGAUGAUGACAAGGAGAUGUGUGAGGAGAGUGAGAUCAUUCCUACUUUGGAACCUCUUCCACCUCAUGAGGUUCUUGGACAUCAGUCUGUGUUUAUGAAUGAGCCAAGACUGUCUGACUUCAAGCAGGUUCUCUUGAGGGAAGGUAUACAAGCUGAAUUUGUUGGAGGAGUCCUUGUGUGCAACAACCUGGUGGCUGUCCGCAGGACUGAAACAGGGCGUAUUGGAUUGGAAGGCUGCCUCUGCCAGGACUUCUAUAGGAUAAGAGACCUUUUAUAUGAGCAAUAUGCUAUUGUCUAAGAAAAGUGCUGCAAAGGUGUUUUCUUGUGAACUUUUACAGACAAUGGAGGUUUCUCCCAGUUCUGACUUUUUGUAGUUUUCUAAUUUAUAACAGGGAAACCUAAUUCAUAAAGAACAGUUAGCUGCCAUGAACAUGUAAGUAACUGCUACUGUUGUUCAUAAAUCUGUUGGUACAUUCCAUGUAGUUGACUCUUAAACUGUUACAACUUGGCAUCUCCCACAUAACACAUUAUAAAUGAGUUUAUGACUAUGAACGCUUCUCAGGAAAGGUUCAGUUUGUCAGGGCAUGUUUUGGUUUCACAGAUUUCCUGUCAAAGAGUGCAAACCAUGUAAAAGUCAUUCUUUUGUUCUAAAAUAAGAAUGGAUAAAUAACUUCAGUUUCUGUGGUUCCAUUUGUUUUGGUUUCUGUGUGGUUGUUUUGGUUUCAGUUGCUUGGGGUUUUUUUAGUAAAUUUGAUUUGGGGAACAGUCUCAAAUAUUUUCCUCUUUUGUUUUUAAAUUGAGUUUAAUUGAAGUACAUUAUUAACAGCCCACUUAAAGCUAGACUGCCUAAAGUUUCUCCAGUGUUAUUCUGGCUGCAUAUUAAUGCAGUAUCUGUUCCAUCUUACUGAUUUGUUCUUAGACAGCAUUUCAUAUUGUAAUCUGUAGGAUAAAAAAAUUACUUGGGCAGUUACUCUAAGAAGAUUGGAUGAUAUUUUCAGGCAGUUUAAAAUGCAGUAAUUAUACUUCAGUAACUUCUACACAAAAUUACAGAAUUUGUAACUCCUAGCUCUUACAAAAUUAUGCCAAUUGUAAAACCUUUUCUGAGUUCUGAUUUUAAUACUUUUCAGAGUCUAAAGCCUUUAUCCAUGCACUGCUGUUUGUUCAGAGUGCCAUGAGCCAAGUUCAGGAAGAUCUUUUCUCUUGAGAUCUGAGUUCACGUGAUGUAUUUAAUGAUUUUGUACCAUGUUCUGUUCUAGCUGACAGUGAGACUUAUUGUAGCUGCUGAAUGCUAGGAAUUUACCUUACUUUUUAGGUAAGGAUAAACACAGUUUUGAGUUCAUUAAUUUCUCAGAGAUUAACUUACGAAAACAAAUGGCCUUUCGAGUUUAUUUAUUCCUUUUCUCCACUGUCCAUGUGUGAAACACCAGCUUUGGCAGUGGAGGGUUGUUUGCUUUUUACAUAAAACAGCAAUGUAAUAUAUGCUUUUUGUGUGUAUGCUUAAAUAAAACCUUUGAAAAAGUGGCAAAAA